AUGGAGGCAGCUUUGCCGCACUUUCAUCGCUUAGCUUCUUCAAGAUUCUACCAACAAUAUGCAGCUCCACCGGUUCAUAUAUCCAGUAACUAUCUCCACGAUCUUGUCCCACAACAGCAUCCAACGCUCCUUCAACAAUACCUCUCCUACUACCAUGAACCAUCGGUACCCCUCGAUCUCUCUCUUAAGCAAACCACACCCAUCACUCCUCCUUGUACUCCACCACCUCAAAAAAGAAAGCUUACAGACGACACUAAAGUACACAAACGACCUAAAAUAUUUCGUCACUUUGAGGACGACGAGACGAAAGAUGAAUCCGAAGACAAAAUUAAACGAAAAAUUUACGAAGAAAAUUCGAACGACAGCGAUAGCCCUGAAGCUAAAAAAUUAAAGUUUACUAAACAGUUUUUCGACGAAUUGCGUACUUGCCUCCCAAACGAUGGGGAGAAAAGUGGUAGAAGUUCACCAGAAAUUGUUGAGAUCAAGGACGUCGAAGAGCGCCCCAGAAAGUCACCGAAACCGCAACAGCCAUUGAAGAAAAGCAAAGUUGUUAGGCGAUUGAUGUUUGACGAAGAUAAAACCUCGCCGGUAUCAGGGACUAUUAUAAGAGAUCUUGAUGAAGACGAGACUUUAGUAGUGAGAAAGGGUGACAUAGACCCCGCAUUUAACGUGGUGGAAGUAACUGAGGAGGCAAAAGCUUUGAUAGCAACGAUCGAGAACCGUCUGGGUCGAUACAUCUGCAGACUGUGCAGGCGUUUGUACAACGACGCCUUUGCCCUGGCCCAGCACAGAUGUUCAAGAAUUGUACAUAUUGAAUAUCGAUGCCCGGAAUGCGAUAAGGUCUUUAACUGCCCAGCCAAUCUGGCUUCGCAUCGUCGAUGGCAUAAGCCUAGGGUACCUGGAGCGACGAAACGUCGAGAGCCUGCGAACACAGAAUCGGGACGCUUCUCUUGCGAGAGGUGUGGCAAGCUCUUCCGAAGGCAGGCGUAUCUACGGAAACACCUUUUAGCUCAUGAACAACCAGACAACGAUAUUGAUAAGGAGCCAUCGGCCUUCCGUCAAGUCCAAGUUGAUUAUUCAUAUCAACCGGAAACCGUGCGAGACAACAAUUUCAACAACUUCUGGAAUAAGAUACCGCCCCUACAAAGAGAGACGAGCUGGGAGGAUGUUCGCGCUCGCUGUCCUUCAAAUUGCUCCUCCGAGGACUCUCGAAGCCUUGAUGUCACGGGAUCGGAGGACGAAGGGGGCGGGACGGUGGAUGGCUGA